AUGUCGACUACUAACAAGACAGUUGACUGUUCUAUCCACCCCACAGAACUCCGGCCUAAUCAAGAUAUCACAGGAAUAGGUGUCAGCCUUGCCUGGACGAUCACAGCUGGGUUGGCUCUUUGCCUGGUCGUAGCCAAUUAUUUCGUCGCAUACCGUCCUGACAUCAAUCCAUUCGGCUCCCAUCAUCCAAACCCCGGACGUCAUGCACAGUUCACUUUCAAAUCCAACCCAAUCGACGAGCAACUCCUAGGAUGGCGACUGAAAAGGUUGCGUCAGGUCGGCCACACGUCUGCAAGUACACAAGACCGAGACGAUGCUCAAGCGCGCAGAGAUCGCAUUCGGGAUGCUUUGACACAGUUGAUUACAGGUCUUUCUGUGCUUAUCAGCGGGUACUCUCAGCUUCCAUCCGGUAUAUCCGCUAUGCACUGGGAAAGAGUUAUCGACUUGGCUUGGUUCUCAAGUAUCACGCAUCUAUGCUGUUUAACGUUCUUGCGGGAUCACUUCCGACAAAAUCGGCGAGCACGAAUUUGGAGAAUACCUGGAAUGGUCAUCCUGAUUGUUCUAUUGAGUGUCGCUCUGAUUCCUUCAUCAAACUAUAUUGAUUCUAGGAUAAUACAUCCCGGCUAUGAAUUCGCUUACAAUCCUGUAUUUGAUUACGCCAUCUGCUUUUUCAAAUAUAGCGAAGAAAGAUCACGAGGCUAUCAUUACGGUGAUUCCGAGUGGGAGAGACAGGUGGAAAUCAAGAAGCAAAACACCAUCAUCUCGGCUAUAAUUUUGAUUUUUGGGAUGGCGAACCGGAUCUGGCGUCUGUUCGAAACAUCGACGAUAUUUUAUCUUUCUGCAAAACGAUGGCUCAGCCAACACGUCAAAAAGAUGCUGCGGUCGGUCUUGAAAGAAACAACAUCUAGAUCAGCAAUUCUGAUGUGUCUCAUUUACCGGCCCCUGCUUGCGAGUUACCUUCUAACCCGCAUGCUGUUGGAUAUCUUACUUUCGAGGGCUUUUGAGAUCUGGUGGCUAGCGGUAGGUCUUGCCUGGGGCUUGACAAACCUACUUCCCAUUUCUGAGCCUGACGACCAUGAGUGGACUUUCGGGCAGGUUAUUGCGUCUUUGAUGCUAGUCGCCCCAGUAGUUGCUUUGGUCGAAACCUUAGUCACGACCACCUAUCAAAGUCAGCCAAAUUCAACGAUCCCACCACAAGAUCACGCACCUGAUCAACAAUUACUACCAAACCCACCAUCAAUAUCAAGUACGAGGUUGAUCAAGGAUCAAUCAAGCAGAGAAGACCCUGACUUUGACUUCUACAAUCUCUCCUUGGCUUUUACCGUCACACCGUAUGUUAUCUUAGCGUUCAUUGCAUCUAUGAGCGUGAUCGUAAUCGUUAUCAAGGCCGGAUGGGAUGAUUUGAAGCUACUGGAGAUGAUGUGGACUAUGAGCGAGGAGUCUCCUAAUAUCCUCUUCCUGGCUCAUGUCACAAUAAGCAUUCUAUGCUCAUUGUCAAUAGACCAACAUACGCCAGAAACUCGAUUUGGUCGAAUCACGGUUAGAAUAUGCAGCUCCAUGCUAAUCGCUGCUUUAGUUGUAGGCGGUUUUGUGAUGGGUGUAGUCGGUCGCUUGUGGGGUUAUUGUUUCAUCAUUAUUGAGUUUGGGGUGUACUUGAUACUGCUUGUCGUGGAGAUGAUGCUCAACAGACGGCAUUCGUUGAAGUCCGCACCGUUGCCUGCGGCCCACGCAAACGGAAGUGCGUUGUCCUUGGAAUCUGUGCCAGCGACAUCGACAUCGACAGGGGAACCUGCACAAGAUCAAUCCACAACCGCCCCUGUUGAUGGACCAUCGAUGAAUCUUCCAUCUAUCGAUACUAGCUCUGCUUUCGGGCCGCCCAGGAGACAGGAUACAGAGGCUGAGAUAGGCGUGACAUUAACCAGGGCGAACACCACCUGA